AUGGCUUCAGUUGGGUCGGCUCAAUCUCAGGCCGCAUAUGUCAUCCCACACAUUACCCACGAUGAGCUGAUGUUAUUCUUCGACUCUCAUCUCUCCGACGCAGCUUUGCAGACAUUUAACACUGAUUUUUUCAGCCCCGAGAAGCAUGCAAGUAGUGUAAAUGUCGAACCUUUCCACCAGGAAGUUGAUGACUUUUACGAGGAUGAAGACGAUGGCCUCGGCUAUUAUCCUGACGGUGUGAAGCGAACACUCACCGACGAGCAAAUUGCCAUGUUCCGGCACUCCGAAAUGGAAUCUCUCAGAAAAGAACAAGAGAAGGCUGCCGAGCGUCGUGCGUCAGCUCAGCAAAAACUUGAAGCUGGCGAGGUCGGCGACGAUGACAACUUGAGAGACAAUUUGUCAGCUCACCAGCCGGCAAAAACGAAGAACAAGAAGAAGAGGAAGGCUGGCAAGGCUAGGAACCACGAGCCUAAACCGGACCUUCGAAAACGGACUUGGGACGUGGUAGAAGCUGGUCUCGAUUCACUGGACUACGACUGA